AUGCACAAAGCUAUUCCUGCCUCUCCCCUCGUGCCCCAACCCGGCCAGGAUGGCGGCCCCAAGUCAUCGUUCCUCACCGAGGAGAAGAGGGCGAGGCUGAAAACCAACCCCGUCAAAGUGCGCUUUGCGGAGGAGGUGCUGCUGAACGGACACUCGCAGAUCCCGGGUCGGGCUCGGUGGCAGCAGCGCGCUGUGAUCGCCGGGCUCCCCGAGCCGCUGGGCAGCGCCGGGGGCUGCUCGCAGCCCGGCGAUCCGCGCUGCUGGCUGACGGCAGGAUGCCUUUUCCGGAUGAGCAGGGAGGAUGGCUUUGUGCUGUCGGUGCCCGCCGGAGCCUGCUGUGCCGCCGGGAGCGGGACGGUGCCGCCGCUGCGCUGCCCGAGCGUUCCGGUAAAGGCAUUUGCUGUGCUCUCCUCCUGCCACUCUGUGCCAGGAGCACCAUCAGGAGCCAACGCUGGGGCCGUGCAGGAGGGUUGCCAAGGAGAGGAGGAUUUUCCUGGAUGCCAGGGCUUGCAGCGCCAGGCGGAGCAGCUGGUGCCUGCCGGCUGGAUGCCCGAGGGUCCAGCUGCUGCUUUUGCUGUGCAGGGGAGCUCCCUCCUGUUCAUGCCCAACGUGCUCAAGGUGUACCUGGAGAACGGGCAGACCAAGGCGUUCCGGUUUGAGAGGAGCACCACGGUGAAGGACAUCGUGCUGACACUGCAGGAGAAGCUGUCCAUCCGCAGCAUCGCCCACUUCGCCCUGGUGCUGGAGGAGCAGUACAACCUGGCCAAGAUCCACCUGCUGCACGAGGAGGAGCUCAUUGCACAGGUGGUGCAGAAAAGAGACUCUCAUGACUACCGCUGCCUCUUCAGGGUGUGCUUUGUCCCCAGGGACCCCUUGGACCUCUUGCAGGAAGACCCAGUGGCCUUUGAAUAUCUGUACCUGCAGAGCUGCAGCGACGUGCUCCAGGAGAGGUUCGCAGUGGAGAUGAAGUGCAGCGUGGCGCUGCGCCUGGCUGCCCUGCACAUCCAGGAGAGGAUCUCUGCCUGUGCCCAGCCGCAGAAGGUGUCCCUCAAGUACAUCGAGAGGGACUGGGGAAUCGAAAACUUCAUCUCCCCCACCUUGCUGCGAAACAUGAGAGGGAAGGACAUCAAGAAAGCCAUCAACUACCACCUGAAGAGGAACCAGGUGCUGCUGGACCCUCGGCAGAAGCACACGCUCAGCGCAGCCCAGGUGCGCCUGAGCUACCUGCAGAUCCUCGGGGAGCUGAAGAUGUACAGCGGGAUGAUCUUCAAUGCCACUAUGAUGCUGCAGGACAGGGAGUCGUACGUGGCGCUGCUGGUGGGCGCCAAGCACGGCGUGAGCCAGAUCGUCAACAGCAAGCUCAACAUCGCCACCAGCCUGGCCGAGUUCCCCAGCAUCAGCAGGGUGGAGCUCAGCGACGACUCCGAGCGAGUGAGCACUGUCAAGAUCUACCUGCAGGACCUGAAGGUGCUUACCCUGCUGCUGGAGUCGAACAGUGCAAAGGACCUCGUCUGCCUCAUCGCUGGCUACUACAGACUCCUGGUGGAUGCAAACGCCUCCAUAUUUACCUGGGGAGAGAAAAACCAGCAGCUGCACCGUGUCUCAGCUGAGGAAGGGUAUGAAUCCCGAGCCUGCAGCGACUCCGAGGAUUCCUGGGAGCUGGAUUCCUCCUCGGAGCGGCGCACGAACAGCCCCGCGGCGUGCGGCGGCGCGGAGGGGCCGGGAGAGCCCCGCGGCCCCGGGGCGAGCGGCGACCCGCGGGACACCGGCGGUGACAACGCCACCGACAGCGCCUCCGAGGCGUCCGACUCGGCCAACGCCGAGAGCCGGGGCUUCAAGACGAGCGGCUCCAGCGACUCGGUGGAUGCGCUGGAGGAAGAUGAGGAGGAGGCGCGCUCUUCCUCCCGGCCGGAGCUGCUGCCCUUGUACGCGCCGACCGUGCGGGAGAUGAGCAGCUCGGACGGCGGCUUCGUGCCGGGGUGCGCCGCGGGCAGCCCCGCCGGCACCGGGGGCUAUUUCUGCUUCCUGCAGGCGCCGCCGGGGCCCGGGGGCAGCCCCGCGGGGCAGGACGAGCGGGCGGCCGCCCUGCAGGCCCGGCUGUCCGAGCGGGACACCGCGGGCCCCCGCAGCCCGGGCUCCGGCGCAGCCCCCGCGGGCAGCGCGGGCACAGCGCGGCACAGCCAGCUCGUCCUGCGGCCGCCGCCGGGCUUCGCGGACUCCAGCUCCGAGGAGGAGUUCUACGAUGCUGCGGACAGGCUCAGCCCUCCGGACGCGCUGGCAGGCUAUGACACAGCAUCCUGGGAGGGCACAGAGAGCUCCUCCUGCAUCCCAAAGAGGCUGAGGUGCUACAGCUUGGGGGAGAACCCCUCGACGAGGGAGAAGCAGGGCCAGGAGAGGGAGCUGACCUACAGCAGGAGCCUGAGGAAGAGAAGGUCCUUCCUGAAAACUGAUUACACCUCUCAGGUCAGUUUCCCUGCGGCCGUCCCAGGCUCUCCGCAGCGCUGCUGCUCCUGGCCGCCCACUCGGCCCUCGGCAGAGGACACAGGGAAGGACACGGAGAGGGGGAUUCCUGCAGCCCCCCAGGACACUGCUGGCACAGAGCCCUGCUCUGCCCCCAUGGACACGGAGCCUGAGGGCACGAAGACAAAGUCGGUGAUGGAAUGGCUGGUCUCCUCCCUUCUGGACGUUCACCAUCCUGGUGGCCAGUGUGGGGAGGAGGGCAGCAGCCUCCAGCCACAGCACCCUCCUCUGCUGUCCCUGGAGCCCCUUCCCCGAGGAGCUGCCCAGGAGAGCUGCCCGGGGGAGGCAGAUCCCGGGUGUCUGAGCGGGGAGAGCCGUGUGCCCACCGCGGGCUGGCAGAGCCCGGGGCCGCAGGACGAGCCGGGUGAGGUGGUGGCCGCCCAGCGCAAGGCCAGCGUUGUGCCCUCUGCUGUCGAGUGCCGCUCUGACGAGCUCCUGCGGCUGCCACCGGCUCCUGGCCCCGGCACGGCCCCUCCCCGGGAACCGGCCCAGGAGCAGGGGCUGCUCCCUGCCAGGGUGGAGCCUUCCCUGGCUCCCUGGCAGGAGGGCAAAGCCGAUGGGCAGAGCUGUGUCACUGGCAUGGGCGGUGCUGAUGGUCAGGGCAGUGCUGAUGGUCAGCGCCACGAUGAUGGUCAGGGUCACGAUGAUGGUCAGGGCUGUGCCCAUGGUCAGCGCCAUGGUGAUGGUCAGUGCCAUGGUGAUGGUCACUGCGAGGGGGCCGUGUCCCGGGCUGGGGGCUGGCAGGGGGUGAGUGGACAGACCCUGCUGAGGGUGCACGAGGAGCACACGGGGCUCCCAGACACAGCCCAGCUCCUGGCAGGCUGCAGCAGUGCCUCGGGAGCUCUCACCCGCCUCUCCUGGCUCUCCCUGGGGGUGAGGACAGCCCCUGUGUCACACAGCCUGCAGGACACGGUGGAUGAGCCCCUUGAGCCCUUGGCCUGUCUGAUGGCCAGCGGGGGCAGGGUGGCCGGUGCUGGUGGCAGGCAGGUGCCGCCAUCCCCUGCAGGAGCGGGCUGUGCCAAGGAGCUGGUGGGCAGCUCGGGGCUGGCCGCAGGGCAGCCGGGGGGCGCAGGAAGUGUGGCUCAGCAGCAGCCACAGCCUGCGCAGGCUUCCCUUCCCCGAGGGCAGGCGGCAGGGCUGGGGAAGGACUCCUGCCUGCCUCCAUCCGCAGGGCUUUCCAUCUCCUCGGUCCCAGUUCUCUUGGGGAAAGGAGCAGGAGCCCACGGGGCUGUAAAACACUCGUUCCUCUGCUUUAACCCCGAGGAGGCUGAGCAGACCCCUCCGCCCCCCAUCCCCGCCCGGCCCUCCCCAGCUCCACGUGGGCUGGACGGCUGCGGCUGCCGCCUGCCCUACAUCAGCUGCUUCCCCCAGCCCCGCAGGCAGGGGGAGUGUGAAACCAGCCCCCUCCAGCUCCCAGGGCCCCUCACCUCCCCACCCUCCAGCAGCUGCAGCCUUCCCAGGACCCCUGGCAGAGGUUUCCCCAUCGCUGGGGACGCGGCAGGGCAGGACCCCCACAUCCGAGUGCUCGGGCAGCUGAAGGAGCAGGCGUGGGCGAGCCCUGCCGAUCUCUCCCACUUCCUGGCCUACACCGUGGAGCUGCAGGAGGUUGUAGGGAAGCUCUGUGGGAACCAGGCAACCCACCUGCACCACCAGUGUGCAGAGCAGGGUGCGGAGAGCAAGGGUGCCCUGGGCUGGGCUUCCCAGGACCUGCUGUCCAGCUGCCAGGCGCUGCUGAGCACGGAGCAGCCUCUCACAGAGGUGGAGUGUGCUCUGAGAGCCACCUUCGACCGCCUGGUGCAGCUGGCAGUGACCUGCUUCCAGGUGACACACUGCCGGCGCUGCAGGCAGCGGCAGCAGGAGCUGGGAGCUGCGCUGGGCGAUGUGGUGGGCACCUACCAGCAGCUGGUGCAGGCCCUGCAGCAGCAGCUGCACGGGCAGGUGUGCCCUGAGCUGGGCACCAAGCUCCUCGCCCGCCAGCACACGGCCCUGGCAGCUGCCAUCUUCUGUCUCCUGCAGCAGUUCAGGGCGUCCCCGAGGCUGUGA